AUGUCAGGCUUAAAAUCAGUAGGAAAUUCAAAUAAUUCAAAAUUUGAAAUGACAGACUUACAAAAGCAAAGUGAUCAAGUCACUAUUAGCAGUGACUUGGAACAAAAUUCAAUUUCAAUUGCAUCUUCUAGAAAUUCUUCAAUUGGAGACAGAGACAUCUUUGACGAUGGUAAAACAGAAGGUUUCCGUUUGAAGAAAAAUUUGAAAGCAAGACACGUCUCUAUGAUUGCAAUAGGUGGUUCCUUGGGUACAGGUUUACUGAUCGGAACUGGUACAUCACUUGCUGCCGCAGGACCUGGUUCCCUUUUCAUCACAUAUUCUUUUGUUGGUGUAUUAGUCUUCUUCACUAUGUCAUGUCUGGGAGAAAUGGCCGCUUUCAUUCCGUUAGAUGGCUUCACAAGUUACGCAAGUCGUUACGUCGAUCCUGCUCUAGGUUUCGCAGUUGGUUACUCAUAUUUAUGUAAAUAUCUUAUCUUACCAGCCAAUCAAUUAACUGCAGGUGCUAUGGUCGUUCAAUACUGGGUUGAUAGAGAUACUUUGAAUCCAGGUGUCUUUAUUACCAUCUUUUUGAUCUUAAUUGUUACAAUAAACAUCUUCGGUGUCAAAAUUUUUGGUGAAUUCGAGUUUUGGUUAUCUAGUUUCAAAGUCCUCGUAAUGUUAGGUCUAAUUCUAUUAAUGUUCAUUAUUAUGUUAGGUGGCGGUCCUAACCAUGACAGAUUGGGUUUCCGUUAUUGGAGAGAUCCAGGUUCUUUCAAACCAUAUUCCUCCUCCAUAAUCUCGAUUAGUGGAAGCACAGGAAAAUUCGUCUCGUUCACUUCAUGUUUCGUCUAUGCUUUAUUCUGUUACCUUGGUAUCGAAUUAACCGGUAUUGUCGCUGCCGAAGCUCAAAAUCCAAGAAAAAAUAUCCCAAAGGCUAUUAAACUUACAAUGUACCGUAUCAUUAUAUUUUAUGUCAUUACCAUCCUAUUGCUAACUAUGUGUGUUGCUUACAAUGAUCCCCUAUUGUUGAAAGCUACAGGUCAAUCUACAUCCGCUGCAGCUUCACCAUUUGUUGUCGCUAUCGAAAAUUCCGGUAUAAAUAUCCUUCCACAUAUAUUCAAUGUCUGUGUUCUCGCUUUUGUCUUAAGUGCCGCCAAUUCAGAUCUCUACGUCGCAUCAAGAUCCUUAUACAGUUUAGCCAUUGAUAAUAAGGCACCAAAGUUCUUUGGUAAGACCAACAAAUGGGGUAUUCCAUAUUGGUCUCUAGCAUUUUCUACAGCAUUUUCAUGUCUAGCAUACAUGAAUGUCUCUUCUUCCGCUUCUAAUGUUUUCAAUUAUUUUGUUAACGCUGUCUCUAUUUUCGGUGUUAUCUCUUGGAUCUGCAUCCUCGUCACGUACAUACAUUUCGAUAAAGCUUGUAAAGCUCAAGGUAUGGACAAGUCAAACUUCACAUACGUUGCACCUUGGCAGCCUUAUGGAGCUUACUUCGCUCUGUUCUUCUGUUGCGUGUUAGCUCUGGUUAAGAAUUUCACCGUUUUCUUAGGUGGUCAAUUUGAUUACAAAAAUUUCAUUACCGGUUACAUUGGUAUCCCUGUCUUCUUCAUUUGCUUUGUAGGCUACAAAAUAGUUUACAAGACAAAAACACAUAGGCCAGAGGAAGUCGAUCUAGUCACAUUAAAGGCCCUUAUUGAUCAAGAAGAAGAAGAUGGUAAAAUUGAAGAUGCCGAAAGAGAAGAGAGAUUGAAAAAUGGUAACAAGGACUGGGCAUGGUUUUACGACAGAUUCCUCGGUAAAAUUUUCUAG